AUGAGCAAGCCAAAGACAGCAGUUCCAAGUCUCUCUCCAAGUAAGGAGAUUAUGGAAUUGAAAUCACUAAAGCGCCAGCGAACUGUUGCGAAAAAUAGUAUAGUGCGCAUAAAAACGGGUCUCCUCGAUAAAACAAUGUCGUUAGAUCCAAUUGAAUUGGAGUAUCGACUGGACAUUUUGAACUCUCAUAGCGAUAAGCUUAUGAAGUGUCAGUCGAAAAUUGAAGAAAUCGACGAGGAAGACAUAGCCCGUGGGGAGUUAGAGGACCUAAUAGUGGAAACUAAGUCCGUUAUAAAAUCUAUUCUGGCGAGAAAUAAAUCGUCAAUAGCCGAAACAUCAUUUGUUGCACCUCACAGCUCGCGACUACCGAAAAUGUCGCUACCGAAAUUUAAAGGGGAAUAUUCAGAAUUUAAAAAUUUUAUGAGUCUGUUCGAGAGUUUGGUGCACAACGAUCCUACAAUCCCAGAAAUUGAGAAAUUUAAUCACUUGGUUAACUGUCUGUCUGGUGAAGCUUUGGGAACGGUAAAGGCCUUCCAAAUGUCGGACGAAAAUUAUUCGAAGGCGUUGGCUAGUCUCAAAAAAGUUUAUGACAAUAAAUGCUUAAUAUUUUUCGACACAAUUUCCAAACUUUUUGAACUGCCAACUAUCCCAAAGCCAUCUGCGCUUUCAUUGCGCACAAUGAUUGAUACAGUGUCGGCUGUUUACGACUCGUUGCUGUCGUUAGGUGACGAGAAAAACAUCACAAACGCUAUCAUAAUUCAUCUGGUAAUGUCAAAAGUUGACACCGUUACUCGGUCAAAGUGGGAGGAACAGUUGGAUUAUGAUAAGCUGCCAUUAUGGCGUGAGUGUGAGGCAGCAUUAAAUAAACGCUACCAACAUUAUCUGCCGAUGAAGCCUCAACGUCGAGGCUCAAGCCGUCAAGCAGUCACAGCAUUCAGAAACCCCACCUUCAUGCGGGAAGGACGAAAGCUGCCUUAG